ACGGCGCCCGUACCCGCCUUCUUCCGCGGGCGCCGCGCACGCGGCCACAGCCGUGGGCUCGUUCCUUCUCGACCUUCUCCGCGUGGUCGCGUGGCUGGUGCGGAAGCCGCUGCUGUGGGUGCUGGCUGUAUGGCUACUCGUUGGUGUGGUCAUGGUCGCGUACAGCUCUCUCGUUGGCGCUGCCGUGGGCACGCUGUGUGCUCUUCCCGGAGUGCCGUUCUUUAUGACGGAGAUAUGUGAUCAGGGGCAGGAGGGCAUGGCGGGUGCGAAGGGUGGCAGGGCGGGGGAACAGCCGGAUUUUCAGACGCUCAUGAGGCUCCAGGCGGGGUUCGAGGAGAUGGUGGAGGAGUGCCAUGAUUUUACGGUUUUUGCGUGGGAUCUUAGGCACUCUGAGACCGCGGUGAGGGAUUUGACUAGUCUGGUUAAGCCCUCGAGGUUGGCUUGCAAGGACGCGCUCUUAGUGAACCUGGAGGAAUACAUCACCGUGGUCUCGGGGGCGGCACGGCAGCUCUCGGCGUACACCGGGCUGGUAACCGGCAUGACGGACCGGGUGAUCGCGGCGGACACCUUCGCGAUCCGGCACUUCGAGGAGCUAGCAACACUCAAGACCGCGGCGCGGGCCUCGUCCAGCAACGCCUGGCCAUGGACGUCCUUCCUCGAGAGCAAGCGGUCCGAGCUCGAGAUCGCGUCCGCCGAGCGGCGGCUGCUACGCAUCUACCAGACCACGGUGAACACGACGGAGAACGCGAUCCGGCAGCUGAUCGUGCACGGCACGAUCAUCAUGGAGACGCUGGGCAGCCUCGAGAACGGCCUCAACAAGGUCGAAGACACGGUGCAGCAGGAGCGCGCGGUCAUUGGCGAGGCGCAGGAGGAGGUGCUCGCGCACGUGUGGACGUAUCUCGGCGGGAACAAGCGCCAGCUCCAGCGCAUGCAGAGCCACCAGUUCCUACUCGAGAAUAUCAGCGGCUACCGGAAGCGCGCACUCACGUAUCUGCUCAAGACUCUGCUGCAUCUCCAGGCUAUGGAGGGUGACCUUAAACAUAUCGCCGAGGUCGUCGGUGAGCCUAUGCUCGAUGGCCCUGACGGAAGUAUUCCCAUCGCUGUGCAGAUUGCUACGAUCCGAAGGGGCGCAGAUAGGCUGGCUGAGGGCGUUAAGAAGACUCAUAACAAGAGGGAAUCAUAUAACCAGAAGAUCUUGAGUGCGUGGGAUACAUUUGUCAAAACGUCGUGAUUUUUUCUUGUCUUGUUUCGCACCUACCUGUCCACUUUGAUAUGGGAUGUGAUUUCUAGCGUUACUUUGGUUUACUUUAGGUUACUUUGGGCUGCUGCGGGUUUGCGGGUUUGCGGGUUUGCGGGUUUGCG